GGAAGACCGAUUAGCUGUGAAGUCACUUUGGCCGGUGAAUGAAGGCGUGACUUCUAUCCCCUACAAGAUCAACGAUGAUCUGGUGGACAGAAAGGAAACUAUGCUAGCAGCGUUCAAGAUGAUUUAGAUCGGACGUGUAUCCGCUUCCACGAAUACACCAAUGAGAUUAACUACAGAGUUCAUUUCUGGGACAGGCUGUGCGUCAUAUGUAGGUUUUCAGGGCGGGGCCCAGCAUCUGUACUUCGGUAGCGCCUGUAACGUGGGGAACCUGUGUCAUGAGCUGAUGCAUGCCCUGGGCCUGCACCACGAACACACACGGCCGGACCGUGACCAAUACGUCACCAUACAGUGGGACAACGUGGUCACAGGAAAAGAAAAUAACUUCAUGGUGAAGGAAGGAGACACUCAGGACCUGCCCUAUGACUACGACUCCAUAAUGCACUACGGAAAAAAUUACUUCUCAUCAAACCAGAACCCCACCAUUGACUCCAAGAAGAGGGGAGUCCAGCUUGGACAGAGAAAUCACCUGAGCCCCCUGGACAUAACACGCCUUAACAAACUCUACCAAUGUGAAUAACAAUGCACAGUUUAGCACUUAUAACACCAUCGAUGAAGAUUCCAAUACCACUGCUGUCGACUGAAGAUUCCAACACAAAAGGCACUGAUAUCUAACUUCUCUUCACGACAAUGAAUUGGAGUUGGACAAGUCCCUUAAAGCUUUCUGAUUAUGUAUUCUACGUGUCUCUGUUUGCAUGCAGUAGUUUGCUCUUGCUGCCAUGAAUUAGGCCUAUACCACUGCACUUGUCUUGGAAAUAAAUACA